AUGAAACUACCCUUCAACAUGUCGAUAAAUACCCCCAAGCUUUCUAUCAAUGGCUUUUGUGAUGCUAUUGGCAAUACACCAUUAAUCAAGCUUCAAAAACUAUCUGCUGAACUGGGUCGUAACAUCUAUGGCAAAGCAGAAUUCCAAAAUCCCGGUGGUUCGGUAAAGGAUAGGGCAGCUUUGUACUUAAUCAAUGAAGCAGAAUCUACAGGAGCAAUUGACCCUUCGAGGCCUGCUACAAUUGUCGAAGGGUCUGCUGGAAAUACAGCUAUUGGUCUUGCACAUAUUGCCAAGGCGAGAGGAUACAAAGCUGUAUUUUAUAUGCCUGAUACGCAAGCUCAAGCAAAAAUCAAUUUGUUGAGGUAUUUGGGGACUGAGGUUUAUCCGGUUCCUCCUUGUCCGAUAACUGAUCCUUUAAAUUUUAAUAACAGGGCGAGGGAUCAUGCAAAAUCAUUGGAUAAUGCUAUCUGGACCGAUCAAUUUGAUAAUGAGGCAAACUGGAAGUCACAUUACUACACGACAGGCCCAGAAAUUCUGCAGCAGAUUGAGAGCGCGGGCUUAAAGCUUGAUUCGUUUACUUGUUCGACGGGAACAGGUGGUACUUUCACUGGUAUAGCCAAAUAUUUAAAAAAAGCUACAGGUGGUGUUUGUAAAUUAGUUGUUGCUGAUCCCCCCGGAUCCGUUAUUUAUUCCUAUGUUAAAACAGGUGAGUUAGUGCGAGAAGGAAGCUCCUUCACUGAGGGAAUUGGCCAAGGUAGGAUUACCAACAACUUACAAGCUGGCCUUGACUUUGUUGACGAUGCCGUUUUUGUUCCAGAUGAAGAAUCUAUAGUUAUGGUUUACAGACUCAUUGAGGAAGAGGGGCUCUUUUUAGGUGGUACUUCUGGCUUAAACGUUGUAGCAGCAGCUAAAGUUGCCAAAGAUUUGCCUCCAAAUAGCAAUGUGGUGACUAUUCUUUGUGAUUCUGGUCAUAAAUACGCUGAUCGACUCUUCUCUAAGAGUUGGUUGCAGGAAAAGAACCUAUACGACGUUAUUCCAGACCAUUUAAAGAGAUAUGUUACUUUAGACUAA